AUGACGGUCACAUACACGGCUAGAGUUGCAAACGCCCGAUUCUGUGGCUUCUCCAAGCUGCUCUGGGCCUGGAAAGGGAGCAUCUACAAGGUGUUAUAUAAAGAAUUCCUGGCUUUCUUUGCCAUGUAUACCGCCAUCAGUAUUACUUACAGAUUUUUCCUGUAUGAUGACCAGAAAAGGUAUUUCGAAAAGCUGGCAAUUUACUGCAAUCACUAUGCCAGUCUCAUCCCCAUGUCUUUUGUACUGGGUUUCUAUGUGACCCUGGUGGUGAACAGGUGGUGGAACCAGUACACCAGCAUCCCACUCCCUGACAGACUCAUGUGCGUCCUGUCAGGCGGCCUCCAGGGGAGCGACGAGCGAGGCCGUCUGCUGAGGCGCACCAUGAUGCGCUACGCCAGUCUGUCAGCCCUGCUCAUCCUCCGCUCUGUCAGCACUGCUGUCUUCAAACGUUUCCCCACCAUGGACCACGUGGUAGAGGCUGGAUUCAUGACAAGAGAUGAGCGAAAGAAGUUUGAGGGUCUCCACUCUCCAUAUAACAAGUACUGGAUUCCCUGUGUUUGGUUCACCAACUUGGCUGCUAUGGCUCGCUGCGAGGGCAGAAUCAAAGAUAAUCACACUCUCAAAUUACUGCUGGAGGAACUGAAUGCAUUCAGAGGGAAGUGUAGCAUGCUGUUUCAUUAUGACAUGAUCAGUGUUCCUCUGGUCUACACUCAGGUGGUGACUUUGGCCGUGUACAGUUUUUUCCUGGUGUGUCUAAUUGGUCGCCAGUUCCUGGACCCCAGUCAAGGUUAUCCAGGUCAUGACCUUGACCUCUAUGUGCCCAUCUUCACUCUACUGCAGUUCUUCUUUUAUGCAGGCUGGCUCAAGGUUGCUGAGCAGCUGAUCAACCCUUUUGGAGAAGAUGAUGACGACUUUGAGACCAACUGGCUGAUAGACAGAAACUUCCAGGUUUCCAUGAUGGCUGUGGAUGAGAUGUAUGGAGAUUUGCCGAUGAUGGAGAGAGACCGUUACUGGAAUGACUCCAAUCCCCGUCCACCCUACACCGCAGCCACUCUCUUCGUCCUGCGUAAGCCCUCGUUCCAGGGGUCCACUUUUGACAUGGCGAUUCCUAAAGAGGAGAUGCACUUCCAGCCUCUGGAAGAUAUUGCUGAGAACUUGGAAGAGUCAGGAACUCGCCAUCCUAACAUGGCUCUCUUCAACCGCCUUCUCAACUCAGCCCCAUCACCGACUGGCCUAAUGGGAGGGGCCCUUCGGCGCACCUCAGCACAGCUCCAGAGACUGCGCCACUCCCCCGGAAUUGACCAGUACAACAGCGAUGAUGAAGACGAGGACAGCUGUAAAAUAGGUAAAGCGGGGUCUCUGCCAUCAGGGCUCGGGCAGGAGACACAGAGCACUGUGUGCAGUUUUAGGGAUGAGAAGAGUGCCAGAACGCCUUUGCUGGAGAUUCAGUUUGGGUCUGAGCAGGACAGGCCAGGAGAGCAACCUGCCAUCAAGGAGAGGAAAGAGUUGAGUAGAGUGGAGAGUAAGUGCAACGAAGAGCACCAGAUUGGGGAAGAAGAAGGGAAAGGAGAGAGCGGAGAGACAACCAGAGCUCCAGUGUCUCUGCUUCCUCCCCCACCUAAGUCCUCCGGAGAGAAGUCUUCUCGACCAUCCUCCUCCAUUCCCAUCACCUCGAGUCACCCCUCUGCUCUCCUCUUUCACCCAGCUGCCCACUCUAGUCUGGAGCUCUGCAGCUCCCAGCCAGCUAUCAGUCACAACAAAGCUGUGUCCACCCCCAAACCUCCCUUGGGAGGAAACAAAAUGUCCUUCCUCACUGUGCCGUCCUUCAGUGAACCUCAGCGUUUUCGCAGUGUGAGCAUGGGGUCAGAGCUCACAGGGUCUUAGGUGGACAGUUGGUAGGUUCACAUGAACUUGCGAUGGUUUGAAAAUAUAAGGCUUGAUGCAGUGCAUGCUUUCAGAAGUGAAGUUAGUCACUGAAGUGGGACUUUCAGUCUUACUAGUUAGUAGCACCUUCGCGGCCACAGUUUUUGGAAAUUAGUUUAGUACAUAAAGCACUCUGAUUUUGUCAUGCAACUUCUGAAGUUUGGCUUUCAACGAUGAUCUGUAAUUAGUUUCAAAAAUCAAAAGGAAGAGAGGGAUAGGAAAUAUGAAUAACAAUAUGUUUUGAUAUGUUUAAAGGAAUACGAUGACCUUUGGAAAUCCAUGUUUGUCUAAGAUAGAAAAAAUCUAUUUAAGUUUGAUCAUUUUGAAUUACUGUAACCGGAAGCAGGUGGAAGAUUAUUGUUAUUUCUAUCAUUUUUAAAAGGG